UGUGCUCAAGCUGAGCGCAGGGUCGGAUACUCCCGCACGUGAAGUUUGGCGGGGGAGGGCGGGAGGCGGAAGAGUGGCGACUUGGGUUUCUGCUCCCCGCACGGCCAGGCGGCACAUCGGCUCAGCGCACCUCUCUCGGCCUCCUCAAUGCGCGCGGCCUUGCUCUCCGCCAGCGCCGACUCUCCGUGGUUGGCUCCGCCCCUUCAGUGAGGGCGGUGGGCGGGGGCGUGGCCCGCCUCAGUUGGCGCUCGGAAGGCGUUCGCGUCAGUCAGAGCCCGACGCGGUGACGCAGUACGUCGACAGCAGACCGACGGCCAUGGAGGCCGAAGAGACGAUGGAAUGCCUUCAGGAGUUCCCUGAACAUCAUAAAAUGAUCCUGGACCGAUUGAAUGAACAGCGGGAGCAGGACCGGUUUACUGACAUCACCUUGAUUGUCGACGGACACCAUUUUAAGGCCCACAAAGCUGUUCUGGCUGCUUGUAGUAAGUUCUUCUACAAAUUCUUUCAGGAGUUUACUCAGGAACCUUUGGUGGAGAUAGAAGGUGUUAGUAAAAUGGCAUUUCGUCAUUUAAUUGAAUUCACAUAUACUGCAAAAUUAAUGAUACAAGGUGAAGAAGAAGCCAAUGAUGUAUGGAAAGCAGCAGAGUUUCUACAAAUGUUAGAAGCUAUCAAAGCUCUUGAAGUCAGGAACAAAGAAAACUCAGCUCCACUAGAGGAAAAUGCCACAGGAAAAAGUGAGGCAAAAAAAAGGAAGAUUGCAGAAACUUCCAAUGUUAUCACUGAGUCAUUGCCAUCUGCAGAAUCAGAACCUGUUGAAAUUGAGGUGGAGAUUGCUGAAGGCACAAUUGAAGUGGAAGAUGAAGGCAUCGAAACAUUAGAGGAAGUGGCUUCUGCCAAGCAGUCUAUAAAGUACAUUCAGAGCACAGGUUCCUCUGAUGAUUCCGCUCUUGCACUGCUGGCGGACAUUACCAGCAAGUACCGUCAAGGUGAUAGAAAAGGGCAGAUUAAAGAAGAUGGCUGUGCAUCUGACCCCACAAGCAAACAGGUAGAAGGUAUUGAAAUUGUGGAACUUCAGCUGUCACAUGUGAAGGACUUGUUCCAUUGUGAGAAAUGUAACCGUUCAUUUAAAUUGUUUUACCAUUUUAAGGAACACAUGAAAUCACACUCAACUGAGAGUUUCAAGUGUGAAAUAUGCAAUAAAAGGUAUCUACGGGAGAGCGCAUGGAAACAGCACCUAAAUUGUUACCACCUCGAAGAAGGUGGAGUCAGUAAGAAGCAAAGAACUGGGAAAAAAAUUCAUAUCUGUCAGUACUGUGAGAAACAGUUUGACCAUUUUGGACAUUUUAAAGAGCAUCUUCGAAAACAUACAGGUGAAAAACCUUUUGAAUGUCCAAAUUGUCAUGAACGAUUUGCUAGAAACAGCACUCUCAAAUGUCACCUCACUGCAUGUCAAACUGGAGUGGGGGCAAAAAAGGGAAGAAAGAAGCUUUAUGAAUGCCAGGUCUGUAACAGUGUGUUUAACAGCUGGGACCAGUUCAAAGAUCACUUGGUAAUACACACUGGAGAUAAACCCAACCAUUGUACUUUAUGUGACUUGUGGUUUAUGCAAGGAAAUGAAUUAAGGAGGCAUCUCAGUGAUACUCACAAUAUUUCAGAACGUCUGGUAACCGAAGAAGUUCUUUCAGUAGAAACGCAUGUCCAAACUGAACCUGUGACGUCAAUGACGAUCAUAGAACAAGUUGGAAAGGUGCAUGUGCUGCCAUUGCUUCAGGUUCAGGUGGACUCAGCACAAGUGACUGUGGAACAAGUUCACCCAGAUCUGCUCCAGGAUAGCCAAGUGCACGAUUCACAUAUAAGUGAGCUUCCAGAGCAGGUCCAAGUGAGUUACCUAGAGGUGGGUCGAAUUCAGACUGAAGAGGGUACUGAAGUGCAUGUAGAAGAGCUGCAUGUGGAACGGGUAAACCAGAUGCCAAUGGAAGUACAAACUGAGCUUCUAGAAGCAGACUUGGAUCAUGUGACUCCUGAAAUCAUGAACCAAGAGGAAAGACAACCUAGCCAAGCACACACGGCUGAGGCUGCCAGGGAAGAGCACGAAGAUGCUGAGGGUUUAGAGACCAAACCAACAGUGGAUUCCCAAGCAGAUGAAAAGGAAGGGAAUGAGGACAGAACACCUAUGUCAGUUUUAGAAUGAAAUAACAAAUGAAUAUAUUUUUAAAUUUACAUGUUGGGUUUCGAACUGAUAAUGGGCAGUGUGACUGUCCUAAAGCUAACAGACAAGUGGACCAAAGUUAACUGUUUCCUGUUGUGCUGAACUGUUUCUAUGAAAAUAAACUGAUUUCCUUUCUCCCCACUUAAUGCCACAGAAGAGCAUCACCCGCCCCGUGCAGGAAUGGGGAGCUUUGAGAAGUAUAUUUCUGGAAACUUAAAUGGAUUAUAUUCUUACUAUAUAGUUGGGUACGGAUGUAUCUAUUUUCAUUGUGGUGAGGGUUCUCCCUUUUCCCCAAGUCACGUCUUUCCUCAAACUUUUUUCAUAUUGUAAAAUCAAACAUAAAAUCAUUAGAAUACAAGCUUAUGUAUUCUAAUGCAUGUUAGAAAAUUGAAUAUAUAGGAAACAAGCUGCAUGAAGAAAAGUGCAUUGUUACUGUGCAGUUAAAUUUUGGCUUCUGGCUUCCUUUAGUUUGAACAACAUUCUUGUCUACCCCAGUAGUCACAGUUGCCAUCUCUACAACAGAAAGAGUGGUGGUGGUGACAAUUUACAGAAUGUAAAAAAACAAAAACAAAAUAGCUCCACACCAUGUGCCUUUUCAAAACCAAUUAAACUUCUAUAAAGCAUCUUUGGUUCUCUCAAAGUUGAUGUAAGCAGCAACGUAGGCGAUGCUGUAGUACUUCAUAUUUUUGUUUAUAAUGCAACCACCAAUUCUUUUUAAAGUGAGGUUGAGAAAUUUCAUUUAAUGGCAGCUGAAGGGCCAUUUUCAAUUGGGAAAAUUUAUUUACAUCUGUGGUAAACUUUAUUUUGAUAAAAAGUUGCACUAGUAUUUUACCACCAGAUGAAAAAAAGGUAAGCAUCAUUUAAAAAUUAAUGUAUUUAAAGUACAGAGACAAACAUGUAUAUAAUAUAUCAGGCUUUGUUUUGAAUGAAUCUUUUUCCCCUGAACCUUAACAUAAAGAUCUUGUGCUAUAACUUUUAAAGCCAUACAAAUACGAGUGCUAAACUGUGGACUUAAAAGUAGGUGUGUAAAUAUUUUUAAUCAGUAUUACUUGGAAAAUAAAAUAUAACAACCACAUAAAAUAAACCAAUAUGCUAUUUUCUUUACCUGUUAAAUAUUGGGAGAUAAUUUACAUUUUUAAAGUAAACUUUAAAAUUCUGUGUU